CCCUGCAGGUUAAGAGGCUCCUGAAGGCAGGAGCUCCUGACAGACGGUCACUUGUGGGGGGGCGAUCCGGUCUGGUUGUCAUGGCGACGGUGCGGCUGGCCUGGGCCCUGUGGGCCGCGCCUGCGGGCGGGAGGCUCCGGGGCCCCCGAGGCACCGGGAGCGCCCGGAGGCUGAGCUGCGGCGCACGGCGGCAGGCGACCAGGGGUACCAGCCCGGGACGCCGGCUCAGUACAGCUUGGGGGCCGGCCCAGCUAGCCCAAGAGGAGGCCGAGGGAGCCAAGGACGACGUCCAUCCGUCUGCAGCGGAGGAGCCGUUGUGGACGCCGCCCCCCGCGCCUCCGGUGCCCCCCGAUUCCCCGGGGCCCCCCGCCGGCCGCUCGCCGCUGCAGCGAGACAUCCAGACCUUCCUGAACCAGUGCGGGGCCAGUCCCGGGGAGGCGCGCCACUGGCUCACACAGUUCCAGGCCUGCCAUCACUCCGCCGACAGGCCCUUCGCCGUCAUCGAGGUGGAGGAGGAGGUGGUCAAGUGCCCGAAGGCCGUAUCCAGCCUGGCCUUCGCCCUGGCGUUCCUGCAGCGCAUGGACAUGAAGCCGUUGGUGGUCUUAGGGCUGCCUGCUCCCACGGCGCCCUCGGGCUGUCUUUCCUUCUGGGAGGCCAAGGCACAGCUCGCCCAGAGAUGCAAGGUGUUGGUGGACGCCCUGCGGCACAAUGCGGCCGCCGCCGUGCCUUUUUUUGGCGGUGGGUCUGUGCUGAGCGCUGCUGAGCCAGCCCCUCACGCCAGCUACGGCGGCAUCGUCUCCGUGGAGACCGAUCUGCUCCAGUGGUGCCUGGAGUCCGGAAGCAUCCCCAUCCUGUGUCCCAUUGGGGAGACCGCCGCGCGCCGCUCGGUGCUCUUGGACUCGCUGGAGGUGACCGCCUCUCUGGCUAAGGCGCUGCGGCCCACCAAAAUCAUCUUCCUCAACACCACAGGCGGCCUGCACGACGGCAGUCAAAAGGUCCUGAGUAACGUGAACCUGCCCGCCGACCUGGACCUGGUGACCAAUGCCGACUGGGUGGGCACUAAAGAACGCCAGCAGAUUCGGCUCAUCGUGGACAUACUCAGUCGCCUGCCCCAUCGCUCCUCCGCCGUCAUCACCGCCGCCAGCAUGUUGCUCACAGAGCUCUUCAGCAACAAGGGUUCGGGGACGCUGUUCAAGACCGGCGAGCGGACGCUGCGAGUGCGCUGCCUGGACAGCCUGGACCAGGGCCGCCUCGUGAACCUGGUCAACGCCAGCUUCGGCAAAAAGCUCCGGGACGACUACUUGGCCUCGUUGCGCCCAAGGCUGCACUCUAUCUACUUCUCUGAGGGGUACAACGCGGCAGCCAUUCUGACCACGGAGCCGGUACUGGGGGGCACCCCGUAUCUAGACAAGUUUGUGGUGAGCUCCAGCCGCCAGGGCCAAGGCUCCGGCCAGAUGCUGUGGGCGUGCCUGCGGCGGGAUCUGAAGACGCUUUUCUGGCGCUCCCGAGUCACCAACCCCAUCAAUCCCUGGUACUUCAAACACAGCGAUGGCAGCUUCUCCAACAAGCACUGGAUCUUCUUCUGGUUUGGCCUGGCCGAUAUUCGGGACUCUUAUGAGCUGGUCAACCAUGCCAAGGGGCUACCAGACUCCUUCUGCAAGCCAGCUUCUGACCCAGGCAGCUGACCCUCUCUACCAGCCCUUCAGGCCCUGGGACAGCCAGUGUGGACUAAAGGCCAUGCCUGCUGGAGGAGACCCAAGGCAGCCACAGGCCGGACCAGACAUGCUGGCUGAGUGAACUGCAGAAGCAGCAGCAGCUGUUACUCUACCUGCCCAGAGAAGGGCACCCAAGGGAGGACAAGCACAGGAAGGAAAAGGGCCUGCCCAAGACCCCCUACUUGCUCCAAAGCCACAACCAGAUGGCCCUGAAUUUCCAGUCUAGGAAAUCUGGAGGGAGGAGGGUGCCCUUGCCUUUAAGGGCUCUACUCAAGGCUGAGGGUGGACCAGUGUCUUUGACCACUGUGCUGUUUUGAGGCUUCCUUGCCCAAAAUAUCACCCACAUCUGCCUUAUAUUCCACCAUUCAUUUUAAUUCCUUCGGGUCUUGCAGCUUCUCAGGAGGCCUUGAUUAAAAUGCAAGUACUUGUCUGAAA